CCCCGGCCGCUGGCCCUCGCCGCGCUGCUGCUGCUGCUGCUGCUGCUGGCCCUCGUCACCGCUGCCACCGCCGCUGGGGCCACCGGGGCGUCCUGGAGUGCUGUGCCCAGGAGGACUGUCCCCUAUGCGGAGCUGCGGGACACGGCCCGGCGCUUCUCUCAGGGCGGGGUCUCUCACUACCUGACGCUGCUGCUGGACGAGGCCGAGGGGCUGCUCUACGUGGGUGCCCGUGAGGCCGUGUUCGCCCUGGCCACGGGCACUGUAGAGCUCAAGGCAGCGAUCUCUUGGGAGGCACCCGUGGAGAAGAAGGCGGAGUGCGUGCAGAAGGGCAAGAACAACCAGACCGACUGCUUCAACUACGUGCGCUUCCUGCAGAGCUACAACAGCUCCCACCUGUACGCCUGCGGCACCUACGCCUUCCAGCCCAAGUGCACCUACAUCGAGCUGUCUGGCUUCAGCCUGGACCCGGUGGCAUUCGAGGACGGCAAAGGCAAAUGUCCCUACGACCCUACCAAGGGCCACACCGGCCUCAUCGUGGACGGGGAGCUCUACUCUGCCACCUUCAACAACUUCCUUGGCACGGAGCCCGUCAUCCUGCGCAACCUGGGCCCGCACUACUCCAUGAAGACAGAGUACCUGACCUCCUGGCUCAACGAGCCCCACUUCGUGGCGUCGGCCUUCGUGCCCGAGAGCGCGGGCAGCGGCAGCGGCGACGAUGACAAGGUUUACUUCUUCUUCAGCGAGCGCGCCGUCGAGUACGACUGCUACGCCGAGCAGGUGGUGGCACGGGUGGCACGGGUCUGCAAGGGGGACGUGGGCGGCGCCCGCACGCUGCAGAAGAAGUGGACGUCGUUCCUGAAGGCGCGCCUGGUGUGCUCGGCGCCCGAGCAGCAGCUGCACUUCAACCGCCUGCAGGCCGUGUUCACGCUGCCCGGGGCCCGCUGGCAGGACACCGCCUUCUUUGGCGUCUUCCGCGCCCGCUGGGGGGACGUGGACGUCUCUGCCAUCUGCCGCUACCACAUCCUGGAGGUGAAGAAGGCCUUCGAGGGGCCCUACAAGGAGUACAGGGAGCAGGCACAGAAAUGGGGGCGCUACUCGGGCGAGGUGCCCAGCCCCCGGCCUGGCGCGUGCAUCACGGACUGGCACCGGCAGAACGGCUUCGCCAGCUCCCUGGAGCUGCCCGACAACACGCUCAACUUCGCCAAGAAGCACCCGCUGAUGGACGAGCCGGUGCCGCCCCAGCGCGGCCGCCCCCUGCUGCUCAAGAAGGACGCCAACUUCACCCAGCUGGUGGUGGAUCGCGUGGCUGGGCUGGAUGGGGCCACCUACGAGGUGCUGUUCAUCGGCACAGGUGAUGGCUGGGUGCACAAGGCGCUGGAUCUGGGCUCCCGCAUCCACCUGGUGGAGGAGCUGCAGGUGUUCGAGCCGGCGCAGCCCGUGGAGAGCCUGGUGCUGGCGGGCACCAAGAAGCUGCUGUUCGCCGGCUCCCGCCUGCAGGUGGCACAGCUGCCGCUGGCAGACUGCGGGCGCUACCAGUCCUGCACUGACUGCGUGCUGGCACGGGACCCCUACUGCGCCUGGAGCCGCAACGGCAGCGCCUGCGUGCGCACCGACGGGCACAACGGGUCCCACCUGGUGCAGGACGUGCUGAGCUCCGACACCAGCGCCUGCUCCGUGCCACAGGUGGCCAAGCAAGGUGAGACCCGACUGGUGGUACGGUACAUGGGUAUCUCUAUCCCAUGGACC